ACAAAGCUUGGUAGGUAGCCUAUGAAGUGCUGUUCAAACGGACACAGACAUUACAGCAGGCCCAGAGAGCAGGCAGAUAUGAAGCGAGGAAAGCAGCCAUGCACUGUCCGAAAGGUGAGACCCCGCAGAAAAGAAAGCAAUGAAUUGAAAUGGGAGCGAAAGAGAGGAGGACCCACCAAGCAGGACAGUUUAAAGACGAAGAAGAAGAGGUUGCACAUCAAGUCUGCACACAGCCCCCAGCCUCCUGACACAAUCAAAGAAGCAGCAGUAGAGAGGGAUAGAAAGAUCUGUGGGGAGGGAGAGAUGGAUAACAUGGAGAUGGGGGGUAUCGGUGUAGGGAGUGGCAGGGUGAAAAGAGACGAGGUCAGACAGGUGAAGAGGCCGCUGAGGAGGAAACCCAAAAUCUUCUUCCUCAGAACCGCCGUGUGUCGGAGGACCUUGCUGUCAUAUACCAGAACCGCCUCAGAAUCUGAGGUCCCACCAGCACCAGCCACCCUGAGCCAGGGGCCCAAUCAAACAGAUGACUUCUCAAAGGUUUAUACCACUGGUGAUAUUCUAGGAAAAGGCGGAUGUGGGUCAGUCUACUCUGGAGUGAGGAAGUCAGACGGAACUCAGGUUGCUAUCAAAUAUGUGAAAAAAUACAGAUGCGAACCUUAUUUAAAACUGCCUGGCGAGAAACAAGCCUUACCCCUGGAGGUGGCACUGAUGCGCCUGGUCAGCCAGCCGCCCAGCAGCCCCUAUGUCCUCCAGCUGCUGGACUGGUUCGAGGAGCCAGAGAAGUUCAUCCUGGUCUUGGAGCGGCCCUACCCUUGCAUGGACCUUUUCGACUUCAUAGAGGAGCUGGGGGGCCGCCUGGACGAGUGCCUGGCGCGUGUGGUCAUGCUGCAGGUGGCGCAUGCGGUGAUGCACUGCUGCGAGCGAGGUGUCCUGCAUCGAGACAUCAAGCUGGAGAAUCUGCUGGUGCAGACAGACAGUCUCCGUGUCAAGCUGAUCGACUUUGGCUGCGGCGACCUGCUGAGAGAUACCAUGUAUCGGGACUUUGCUGGCACUGAUGAGUACUGUCCCCCCGAGUGGCUCCUGGAUGGCAGGUACAGUGGCAGACCUUCCACCAUCUGGUCCCUUGGCAUCCUGCUCUUCAGCAUGGUCUGUGGAGACCUGCCCUUUAACAAACGGUCAGAGAUCAUUGGUGGUCAGCUGAAAUUCAAAAAAGGACUUUCUGAAGAAUGUAAACAUCUUAUUGGGUGGUGCCUCCAUCCAGACCCUGCAAGGAGACCAGCUCUGCAGCAGGUUCUUCUGCAUGAGUGGAUGACAGGAUGGCAGACACCUCUACCAUAACUCCAACCAGAUGAAUGCCCAGACACACCAAGCAUGACAUAGAAGUCACUGCACAGAUGUUUUCCAGAAUGUCCUUUUUCAA